GCAGCGCGCCAAUUGCUGAGGUUAGCUGCAGAGGUGUCCUGACAGCCCCAUCUGGAACAGAGACGUUAGAGGAUACAGACACGUCUGGGCCACGCUGCUUGGCCUUGGAGAUGGCCCAUCAGGCAGCAUGACCCAGUUUACCACUCUCUCUCAGUUCAAGAUACAAGCAGGCAAAGCCCAGGUUGACUCACGAUCUCUGAUCACUGCCCUCGUUUCAACGCACCCAAGUCCUACCAUGAGGCCGACAGGUGUGCACCGGGUUGUGGGCACAUUGUUCACGCUGGCUGGAACGUGGUUCCUUCUGCAGACGGAGCUGAACACGAGCUGGAAGUCCGUCGCUGAACAGAGCUUGUUUGAGUCACAGGAAUUGCUGCAUAAGUGCGGCAAUGUGCAAAGCUGUCCCCCGAACCAUUUUGCCUUCAAAAUCAUCGGCGGAACAAGAAAAGGUGUUCGGCCGUUUAUAUGCUUUGACGAUGUAAUUGUCAUGAGUGUCAUGAGGAACAAUGUCAAGGGUGGAUUAAACUUUGCGCUUGUGAACGGGACAACAGGCCACCUCAUCAAAACAGCCUACUUCAACAUGUGGAGUGGAGAUGUCAAACACCUAGUGGCCUUUCUGAAAACCAUCCAGGAUGGCACCCUGGUGCUUGUCGCCUCCUACGAUGACCCAGCCACCAAGAUGAACGAUGAAGCACGGACAAUGUUAACCAAUCUGGGAAGCAGCUAUGCAGCUAAGCUGCGUUACUGGGACAACUGGGUUUUUUUAGGACAAAAAGGUCGAAAGGAUAAGAGCCCUUUUGAAAAGCUUAUGCGAAUCGAUGAAGAAACAGACAAAGAACUGAAACUUCCUGUGGCCUUGCGAAUGGAGGGCUGCGUACCGCAGAAGUAAAGUAGUGGUGUAUGGACCUCCAAACAGCUCCUGCAUCAAGCCUAAAUGAAAGAUUCAUUUUCUUUUGAUCAGCUCUUUUAAAACAGUGAUUGAUCCCUGCUUUACAAGUGCUUUAGUCUGUGCUAUAACAGCACAUCUCUGACACCUUGGCCGAUGCCCAGCAGAUUCCAACACGUGUCCUAGUAUAUUAAUAAAGGCUCGUGUUGAGAGCAAGAAGGUA